AAGUUUCCAACCAAUGCCGUUGUCCUUGUUCGUUUCACUCACUCCCUUGAAAGCCUUUUCGACCCUCCGAACCCAAUCUCAUUCUCAUAUGAAUCUUCAGCUCACUCUAUAUAUAACCCACUCUCUACGUUGAAUUCAGCUCUUAACUCACAACUCACUCACUCUCUGUUGAAUUCAGGUUUUAGCAAAUAAAAACCACAAUGGACCAAGCAAAAGGCUCUCAGAAAGCUUCAGUGACUCCGUACGAAGAGGUAUUGGAUGCUCUAUCCUCUUUGAUUACGAAACGCAGUCGUGCAGAUCCCAGCAUCAAGGGCGAUCGCUUCGACCUCCUCUUCGAUUACAUUAAGAUUCUGGAUUUGGAGGAGCCGAUUUCAAAGUUGAAGAUUAUUCACGUGGCUGGAACUAAGGGAAAGGGAUCCACAUGCACCUUCACAGAAGCCAUAUUACGUAAUUGUGGCUUCCACACUGGGCUUUUCACGUCUCCUCACCUCAUUGAUAUUCGAGAAAGAUUUCGUUUGGAUGGCGUGGACAUAUGUGAAGAGAAAUUUUUAGCAUAUUUCUGGUGGUGUUUUGAUAGACUAAAGGAAAAUACUAAUGAUGAUGUACCAAUGCCUACUUUCUUCCGCUUUAUUACCUUACUUGCCUUCAAGAUAUUUACAGCGGAGCAGGUAGAUGUUGCUAUCUUGGAGGUUGGAUUAGGUGGAAGGUUUGACUCAACAAAUGUGGUUCAGGCACCUAUCGUAUGUGGUAUAUCUUCCCUUGGCUAUGACCACAUGGAGAUUCUUGGAAAUACAAUUGGAGAAAUUGCUGGGGAGAAGGCUGGCAUCUUCAAGCAUGGUGUUCCAGCCUUUACUGUCUCUCAACCUGAUGAAGCAAUGCGUGUGCUUGAAGAGAAGGCUUCUCAGUUGGAUGUACAUCUUCAAGUGGUGCCACCGCUAGAUGCCAACUUACUAAAUGGUAUAAAACUUGGGCUUGAAGGUGAGCAUCAAUAUCUAAAUGCAGGUCUCGCUGUGGCACUAUGCUCUACUUGGCUUCAGAGAACUGGCCAUCUUGAAGUGGCCAAUCUACAACAAAAUAGCUCUUUGCCAGAGCAAUUCAUCAAAGGGCUAGCAACAGCCAGUUUGCAAGGACGGGCUCAGAUUGUCCCUGAUCAACAUAUUGACAUUGAACGUUCAGGAGAUCUGGUGUUCUACUUGGAUGGAGCCCAUAGUCCUGAAAGCAUGGAAGUAUGUGCAAGGUGGUUUUCUCUUGCCAUUAAAGAAGACAGCCAGCAACAGACCUUGAACUAUCAGCCACAGGAUGAUACUAGAUCUUCAAACAAAUUGAUACAGAGGGACUCUGGGGGAAGAUCCUGGAAGAACUCUACCCAGAUACUCUUGUUUAAUUGUAUGUCAGUGCGAGAUCCUCAGAUACUUCUUCCACGCCUGUUGAAAACAUGUGCCAGUCAUGGUGUCCACUUCAAGAAGGCGCUCCUUGUACCAAAUAUAUCGGUUUAUCAUAAAGUUGGAUCCCAUGCUUUAUCAUCAACUGAUUCUCAAGUUGAUUUGUCAUGGCAGUUUACUAUUCAAAGAGUAUGGGAAACCCUUGUUCAGGGUAACAAAGGAGUUGAUGCCCAGAGCAUGGAUGCUGUUUGUGAAGAAGUAAAAGAUGAUACAGAACUGUGUGUUAAAAAUUGUGCGAACAGUGCAGUCUUUUCUUCUCUCCCAAUAGCUAUUAAAUGGCUCAGAGACUACGUCCAACAGAACCAAUCUAUUCGUUUUCAGGUUCUUGUGACUGGUUCUAUACAUCUUGUGGGCGACGUGUUGAAAUUAGCCAAGAAGUGAAUAGCAGGACCACUUGAACUCUGCAAAUGUUCUGGUAUUUCAUGAUGCGUGUGCAUAAGAGUCAGGUCAUCUUAUCUUUAACGGCCUCUGUGAUUUCUAGUGCCCGUUACUGUGCUUCUACUGCAUGCUGUGUUGUUGUAACUACUAGCUCUUUAUGUCAGCAUUCUUUGGGCAUGAGAGAUGAUGCCCCUUCUCUUCCUCUGAUAAUGUUCUCUAAUGCCUUGUUUUUCCAGGGCAGUAUCUUUUGGUUGCUACUUGCUAAUCGAAACAUCUUGUAGUUUUAAAAAAUAAUGUAAAUUUUCCUUUUUUUAAAAAUAA